CGGAUAUCAAAGUGUACAAAGUGAAAGUUGCUAUGCAUUUUCAUUUUGUUCACAGGCUGCUGCUCAUGGCGGGGGAUUUGAUAGUUGAAAUAUUACAAUAACCGAAUAGAAAUCAUGUGGAAUGUGUUUGUGCCUUCCUGUAUACUUAAUCGAAAAUCGGGUAAACUUUAUGGAAGAGUUAUAGGGGAAGAGAGAUUAGUUCUUAUUGAUGAAGACAGUGUGCAUGCUACACAUGAAGGUGACAAAUCAAUAGGUACAUUCAGGAAGCUAGUUGAGGAAGAGUCAAAUGAAAAUAAAAACAAAAUAAAAAGUUCUAAUAAAUGCAUUUUUAUUGAUUUGUGUUGCAACACUAAUGGAGAUAUUAGUUGUGAAAUUAUAAAUAAUUCUGAAAAACUUGAGUGCAACGUAGUGGUUUUUGAACCCCAGCAGUUUGUUGACUCAUAUUUUCUAAAGUGGAGCAAGUUGACAGAAACCAAAAGUGAAAACAUUGUAGAUACUUUGUCCAGAUUGUUGAGCUUGGUUGAUUUAAAUGAUGCAAGGACAGUUCUCCUUCAGAAACUGCAAUGUAUGGUGAUAUUUUUAUUCCAGAUUAUCGGAUAUCUCCUAGAUAACAGGGUUGCUAGACUUGGACCCCUCAAGUUUGUUGCAAGUUGUUCCUCAUUACUGGAUCAUCAGAUCUCUAGGAGACAAGAAUACCUGAAUGCCAGAGGAGGUGACCACCGCUUGUCAAGGACACAACUUGGAUUAGCAAAUGUGUGUUUGAGACAAUUUUUGGACACAAUGCUUGGGAUGACAGUAAUGUACGUUUUCUUUCACAACAACCUGUCUGAUCAACUAGCAGCAGACAUUAUCACCUGGGCCUAUGCUGUUGCUGACUAUCUCUAUUCGCUAGUCACAUGGUUGAUGGGUGCUCCAGCAGGACUAAAACUAAACAAGCAACUGACUGAAUUUUUAGGACACUUCUUCCUCUACCAUAUACACUUAUGGAAAGGAUAUCUAGUAAUCUUACAGCCAGUGUUAAGCAGUGUGCUGUGGUCUGCGUCCCUGUUAGGGGUACUGGGAUUGACUUCACAGUUGUGCUUCCUACGAGAUGUGUUGUCUAUGAUGACCUUGCACAUAUACUGCUUCUAUGUUUAUGCUGCUAGAAUAUACCAGUUCCAAGUGUAUGCGCUGUCAGCUUUCUGGCGUCUAUUUAGAGGGAAGAAAUGGAACAUGCUGCGCCAGCGUUUGGAUUCAGUUCGUUACAACGUGGAUCAACUUUUCCUAGGAACUCUUCUGUUUACCAUACUUCUCUUCACACUACCAACAUUUGCGUUAUAUUAUGUUGUCUUUACAUUGCUCCGUCUUAUUGUAUUGACAGCUCACCAAGCAAUCCACACUAUCGUACAGACAAUUGACACUUUCCCGCUGUUUUCGGUAGUGAUGUGGUGUUUAAACUUUAGACAAAUGACAGGAGAUGUUUUAUUCACUUGUGUUACACAGAAAUCCAGCAAUUUGUUACCUGUAUUUUCACUCCAAAUUAUACAGAUGCCAAUUAGAAAACUCCUCUCAAGAUCUGAAAAUCCAUUUCGAAAAGCACAGGAAAAGAAAUACCUCUGGAGCAGUUUAAUUGGGGAUCUUGUAUGGGGACGUUUAAUUUAUCCAUGGGUAGAAGUUUCUCAUCCCUAAUAAAAUUUGUUUUAUGAAAUUUUGAUUUGUUUUUAUGUUUGUUUGGUAUGCAUUAGCUUUUUGCUAAUUUCUUUCCAAUUGAUCAUGAAUGGUAUCUAUGUGUGUGCAUGCACAUAAUCUAAAUAGUUGAACGCUUCCAAACAUUAGAAAAAAAGUAUAAAAAAUUUGUUGUAAAUUGAUAUUACAUAUUUUUUUUAUAAACUUGAGGCCCAAAGGUCUUUUUUGUCACCUGAGUACAUGUACCAUAGUGUUUACAUAGACAUGUUGGGAGAUCUCAAACAUUUAAGCCUCAAUGUAAGGAAUAAGGAAUCAUUCUUUGAAUAUCAUGUGAUGAUCAAAUCGAUCGGGAUGAUCAAAUCCAAGAAAUCCCGAAAGUUGGCGAAAUGAGAAAGAGCGCUAUAUACCUCUUUUUCUUAAUAGUGCAGAGAAAUAUUCUUUUAUUGUUAUAGCUUAACCCCCCCCCC